GAGCACUCUGGUCUCAGGAAUGUCUUGGUCUCGGUUAGGGUGGUCUUGACUACAACACUAGCUCACAGUGUCUUUGUGAUGCAGAAAUAAGUUAAAAAUGUUUAAAUCAGACUCAUAUUUAUUUAUCACAUCUCAACUUCUUUCAUUCAGAAUGCUGAAUUAGCGGUGCAAUAUUUGGUUAAAUUAAAAUAUGAGAAUCUGGUACACAAAGUUAGAUAAGCUAAGAGCCCUUCCUUAAGUGAACUGGAACUACCUUACAUGGAAAUGUUGUACAGCCAAAACUUUGCAAUAUGUAAUAGUGUUAUAAUUCUUAUCAGAUUUGACGCCGCUUCCUUUUUGCCCCUGCAGUUCCUCGGACCAUCAACAAACAUUAAAACAAUCACAUAACCAACCCUCCAGACUCUGACCUCAUGUGUAAUUCUCCUCCACUGUUAUAUGGAUUCAGAGAGGGAGAGGUCGGUGACGUGAAUCACUCACUUAUUCCAGGAACUCGCGGCCCAAAGAUACUUCCUCUGAAAGCUUUUCUAUCCUCUCUGGAAGAUGAGUCGUGAUAUUUUUUUCUUAAUUAAUUUAAGAGAGUGACAAACCAUGAAUGAUUAUAAACACAAGUAUAAAGUGUCUCCUUACAGUCACAUGUGAACCUGAACAAAUUGUUUGAAAUCAGCUCAAAUACAUCAGGGCAAAGCAAGCAGCACCUCAUAAUGAACUCUGCUCUGCAUAAAAUGAGCAGCUGGCAGCAGUAGCAGACAGUCUCCAGAUAAGGCAGUCAGUAGAGACUUCACCAGCAUGAAUCACAUUUUAUUUAUCGGCCAAGUCAUUGGCAUCUUCUCCAUCUCUGCCAUUUUGCUCUUCCUCCUGGCAAAGCUGGUCUGCCGCCCGCCGGGCGUCAUGCAGGACGGUUACGGCUACGCGGUGCUGAUAACGGGCUGCGACAGCGGCUUCGGGCACCAGCUGGCUCGAUCCUUGGACCAGAGAGGGUUUGUGGUCUUUGCCGGAUGUUUGUGUCCAGAAGGAGCCGGGGCCCGCAGCCUGCAGAGCCUGAGCUCCACAAAUCUGAGAAUCCUCAAGCUGGACGUGACCAGUGAUGAAGACGUGAAGCAGGCGAAGAAGAUUGUUCAGGAAAACUUACCAGAGAAAGGCCUGUGGGCGGUCGUGAACAAUGCAGGCAUCUCCGACUGGGCUGAGAUCGAAUGGAGCACCAUUGAAGAUUUCCACAACAUGGUUGACAUCAACCUUUUCGGCUGCAUCAGGACCUCCAUCGCGUUUCUACCUCUGGUCCGUGCCACCAAAGGUCGGAUGGUGUUCAUGUCCAGCAUCUUCUCCUUCUUCAACUGCCUGAACAUGGGAGCGUACAGCGUGUCAAAGAGAGGGCUGGAGGCGUUUGCGGACUGCCUCAGGGUGGAAAUGGCCAGUUUUGGCGUGAAGGUCAGCAUCAUCCAGCCCGGUAACUUCGGCCAAGCCACCAACAUCGUGAGGAUGAAAACGGCUUACGAUAUUUGGGAGAAACUAGACGACGACCGAAAGCAGAGGUUCAACCAGCAUUACAUUAAACUCGCCAACGAGUACUUCCUGUCCACAUGUAAGAGCGGAUUCAAGAACGGCGACCUCGUCAUCAACGCCAUGCUGCACGCCGUCACGUCCGCUAAACCUAGAUGCAGAUACCUGCUGGUGUCGACGAUGGAUAUGUGUUUCUUCAAGCUCUUCCCGUUUCUCCCCACGGCGGUCACUGAUGCGGUGUUUACGCUCAGCUCCAUGUACACCAAAAGAAAACAAAUGCUACAUGCCAAAUAGGAAAGAUGACUUUGAAGAAAUAAGGAAGCAUCAGAAGCAAAGACACAAAUGAUUUGCUUUACUUCUUUUAAAUUGCACUCUUUUUGCAUAAAUUAUAUUUCAAUAACUGUUUUUAUUGUAUGUUUUAAAAUGUUUAAUUCAUCUUAAACUGUCUGUUAGAAUAAAAAGUUUGGACCAUGA